UUUCCCUUAAGGUGGGGAUGGAUGAAGAGAAUUUUCUCACUCUCUCCCAGGUGCCAGUACUGCUUGCAUGCUGAGCUGCACAGCUUUCAAAGGGCUUGCCCUGGGAUAUGGCUGCACUGGAUUUAGAAGGAGCUUGGUCAUUGAAGAGCUCUGGUAAUUCUUGUAUCUCACAGUGAUGCAGCUGACAGCUCCUUUUGGUGGGGAAAGCUGGGGUAUAUUUCAAGGUGAUUGUAGUUUUGUUCCUCUGGCAGCAAGCGCUGCAACCAGCUUAGCCCAUUAUCCUCCUCUCCCACUGGAUAUAAGCCUGGGGAGAAAGCUGGGACUUUUGUCAAGAUAGAAGGUAAGAGAUGGAUAAUUAUUUCCCAUUUGUGUUCAAGGAGAACAGCACUCUAUCAUAAAGUAGCUUUCAAUUACUGAAAUGGGAUUAUCUAUAGAUCCAGUGACUUAUAAAUUACUCUUUGCAAAAACCAAUAUUUAACAUUAUUACUUUAGUAAUGUUAUGCUUUUAAUAUCUCAUACUUUAAGCUUUAUUACACAAAACUUUGGAGAUGCUGUUUAACAAUCAGGGAAUAAAAUGCAUUAACAUUUUUGUAUUUUUAUUAGAAGAUUUAAAAAUACAGAUGGCUGUUCUGAUCAAAUCGAUUGAAACCUCUAUUGUACAAUUGUCUACAUUGUAAUUUUUCUCAACAACUUUCUUAAAUCUCAUGGGGUGGUACUGUAAAAUCAAUGAAAAGUAAUUAGGAAAUUUAAAAUUCCAGAUGUUGGGAUUGCAUUGAUCUUUUCUGUUAAUAUUCACCCUGUGAAAUACCUUUCAAAAGUACUAUUAUUUAAUAAAUGCGUUUGGGGAAUACAGCUCUUUCCAAAUAUAAUUAAUCAAUUAAUUAGGCAAAUAGGUCCUGGUAUAUUUAAGGGACAGGAUUUUCAGUUUGUGAUUCUCCAGCAAGUCAGCAUGACUUUCACUCUCCUUUUCAGCAGAAAUUCCAGUCAGAGAUGAGCAUUUCAAUUUGCAGCUGACAGUUUAGGGUUAAGAUAUGAUUCCAGGUAACAGAAGCCAAUGAGAGUACACCCAGUUGAUGUUUGUGACAUCAUCUUCCAGUCGGGAGUACAUAGAACAGCUGAGGUAGCGUUCAGUUUCAGCCCCAGUGCCAUUAUGAUGGAUGUUUACAUCUCUUCAUUGAGAGCCAAUUAUCUCGCUUUUGUGUGAGGCCCAAGGAUCACUCACGCUGCCAGGCUGCACACAGCACUGUUGGAUCUAGCUGAACGAAUUGUUUUCUCUGUCUCUGAUAAUCAACAGUUUCUGUACAGGACAGAUUAUGACAGCUUCUUUCUUAAGACUGUCAUCGGAAGAACUGGCUCAGAAGUUGAAACCAUCAAUGGAUCCCCCGUCAAUCAGCCAGGAGUAAAGGAGAGAAUGUUUAAAUUUUAUCAGAUGAAACAUACUUUUCAAAUACUGGAUAAAAUGAGAUGCUUGCGAAAACGUUCUACAGUGUCAUUCUUGGGAGUUCUUGUCAUUUUCCUCCUAUUUAUGAAUUUGUACAUUGAAGAUAGCUAUGUUCUGGAGGGUGACAAACAGCUCAUAAGGGAAACAUCCACACAUCAACUAAAUUCAGAGCGCUAUGUUCAUACUUUCAAGGAUUUAUCUAAUUUCUCAGGGGCCAUAAAUGUCACCUAUCGCUACCUAGCUGCCACACCUUUACAAAGAAAACGGUAUCUUACCAUUGGACUUUCAUCAGUGAAACGAAAAAAAGGCAACUAUUUACUUGAGACAAUCAAGUCAAUUUUUGAGCAAUCCAGCUAUGAAGAGCUGAAGGAAAUUUCAGUAGUAGUUCAUCUGGCGGACUUUAAUUCAUCCUGGCGUGAUGUCAUGGUCCAGGAUAUUACACAAAAGUUUGCCCAUCAUAUCAUUGCAGGAAGAUUAAUGGUUAUACAUGCUCCUGAAGAAUAUUACCCAAUUUUGGAUGGUCUUAAAAGAAAUUACAAUGAUCCAGAAGAUAGAGUCAAAUUUCGUUCCAAGCAAAAUGUAGAUUAUGCUUUUCUGCUUAAUUUUUGUGCCAAUACUUCAUAUUAUUAUGUAAUGCUUGAAGAUGAUGUCCGAUGUUCCAAAAAUUUCUUAACUGCCAUCAAGAAAGUCAUUGCGUCCUUAGAAGGAACUUACUGGGUAACUCUUGAGUUCUCUAAGCUUGGUUACAUUGGUAAACUUUAUCAUUCUCAUGAUCUCCCACGUUUGGCACAUUUUUUAUUAAUGUUUUAUCAAGAAAUGCCUUGUGAUUGGCUGUUGACUCAUUUUAGAGGUCUGUUGGCUCAGAAAAAUGUGAUCCGGUUUAAACCAUCUCUCUUUCAGCACAUGGGUUAUUAUUCCUCAUAUAAAGGAACUGAGAAUAAGCUGAAGGAUGAUGAUUUUGAAGAGGACUCAUUUGACAUUCCUGAUAACCCCCCUGCAAGUCUGUACACCAACAUGAAUGUGUUUGAAAAUUAUGAAGCAAGCAAAGCUUACAGUAUUGUUGAUGAGUACUUUUGGGGAAAACCACCUUCAACAGGAGAUAUCUUUCUUAUUGUUUUUGAAAAUCCAACUAUAAUCAAAAAAAUUAAAGUGAAUACUGGGACAGAAGAUCGGCAAAAUGACAUUUUGCAUCAUGGAGUCCUUGAUGUUGGGGAAAAAGUUAUACUUACCAAACAAAUAAAACGUUGUGAUUCUUACUUAAGACUAGGGGAAUUCAAAAAUGGAAACUUUGAAAUGUCAGAUGUGAAUCAAAAAAUUCCAUUUGAUAUACACUGUAUGAGGAUAUGUGUUACCAAAACACAAAAGGAGUGGCUGAUUAUUAGAAGCAUUAGCAUUUGGACUUCUUAGCCAAUUAAAUCAGUAUGUUCAUUUGCUGAAACAGAUCUUUCUGUUUCCUUUUUUGCUAACUUCCUCUUUUGCUACUUUUGUCUUUUGGGAGGAGAGCAAUGAAUGUGUAUGUUAAAAGAAAAGUCUAUCAGUUUUGAUUCACACAUUGUCAAUACAAUUUUACUCUACACGUUUGUGUUUAUUUUUACUUUUGAAGUUAAAUAUUAUCCCAUGGUAGAUUCUACUUUCAUUUAUACUUUUAGAUGUUCUUAGUUUCACAAUUGCAAUUGUCUAACAAGUCAUAUGAAAGAUAUAAAAUAAGUUUGUUGGAUGAUAAUUCUUGAAAAAUAGUUGCCAACUAUAUGUACUUAUUCAAGAAGUGAUAAUUUCUUGUAUCAGAUAGAUUUUUACUAAGUAUCUCUAUGAAUAUGCAGUUGGCUACAAUUAUAAUCUGUUUUAUUUUUCUUAUGAAUUUAGGUUUUCAUUUACUUCUGUGCAUCUGCAGUGAAUACCUUCACAUAGAAGUGGUGUCUUUACAACAUAUUUUUUAUUUGUAAGUAGGGCUAUGGGAAAAAUAACUUUAAAAUAUCUUUCCCCUAAUUAUUUAUAUGAAAGAGAACCUUGAUCAUUGUUUAAAACAUUUAAUUGAACAUUUAUUAUUAAUAAAUUUUCUGUGGGAUAAAGUCUUUUUCUAGUUUCCCUUUUACAAAAAAUUUUAAAAAUAACAGUUAAACCCAAUAUUUUCAGAUAACAUUGGGCCCCUGCAUUUAAUAGAAAAAAAAAGAGAGAAAGAAGGCCAAUAGUUCAUUCAUAAAGAUAUUUUCAGUAUAUACAGAAAAUAUUUGAAAUUGAUUUUAUACGUUUUGUAUUAAAAUUUGUGUGACUGAAAUUAUUGUAAUUUAUCAUAUAAUUUUUGGGGAGUUUAAAUGGUUAUCUUAUAAAGGAUAAAAGUGAGAACCACAGAAAUUAGCUAAUAUUUCUAUACUCAGUGAGCUCUUUCUUAACAAAGCCAGAAUGAGAGAUCUGCUCUUCUGAUAAUCAGACAAUGCUCUGUCUCUUGUAUGGGGAUUGCUUCUCACAAGUUUUGCUUUCUCUUCUCUGCUAUGUAGUUCUCAGAUAAUAAUCUAUGCCUUCUGGAAACAGCUGGUUUAAUUGUUCCAUAAAGCAUACUGUUAUGCUGUGGAAUAAUCUUGAAGGGUCCUAAUGGAUGAUUUUGUGGUAUUUGCACUCAAAUAGUAAACAAACGUCUCAAUUUUUACUAGUAGGGACUGGACAGUUGUGUCUGCCAUUUCCUUCAAACAACUUAGGACACCCUAAUAUAUCCUGAAGACCUAAUGUUCUCAGAAUAUCCUGAGCUUGUCUCAUCCUUCUUAUUUCUUGAUGAACAGUAAAGAUGAAAGAUUCAUUAUGAAGAGAAAUACAGGGUACUUCACAUAUGUUUGUGGAAAAUUCAAAUCCAGUUUGUAUAGCCUAUAUAUGUGCGUAUACAUGUGUACAUAUGAAAACUAGACUUCUGAUAGUAAGAAGAAAUGGGAAAAUCUUUCUGUUCUUCCAUCUUUCCUGAAAUACAGUCCUUGGAUUUACUAGUAUGAUAUAUUUCAAAAAAUAUUAGAAUUUUUAAAAUUUUUUUCAUUCUAUCCAAAUCAAUUAAAUUAGAAACUCAUUUGAAAAAUUAAGAAAUUUUGUUCCUUUCUUCACAUCUUAGCUGUAUGUAUUUUCUUUGUACCAAGUUACUAUAAUGUUAGGUAGAGAAAUCAUUAUCCUUUAAGAAGACAGUAAAUAUUAAUAUUUUAUGGCACAUCUGAAUCUGAAACUCAUAGAAAAAUACUAGCACAACUAUUUAAACUUUUCUUUACCUUGAUUUGGAGAUUACUUGCCAGACAAUUAAGAUUCUGUUUUCCUGAUUUUUUUUCAAUUCUCUUUUGUUGACUCACUAGCUAUAUACUAUUGUACAUGUUUCUCAGAAUUUUCAAAUAACACUUUUUCCUGAACUUCAGUGAUAAAUUUGCACAACUGUGUUACAUAAACUAUGAAGCCCUAGACAGACUUCAUGAAAUGAACUCUAACUUUUACAUAUUCUUUUGAGAGUGUGUUUCCAAAGACCAGCUAUUGGCAUAUAUCAAGUUUUGGAAAAUACUUCAGGAAGGACUUCUGAGGGUUGUAGGGAAGUCAGGUGUUUACCAGAAAAUUAUAAAAGCAAAUGUGAGCCAAAGAAGUCACAUUGCAUCCUAAGAUCCUUUCAUUACUAAAACUGAAAUUGGAUAACUUGUCCGAUCACCUGAAGCUGUCUGUAUAUUUUCUUUGAAAAUUGAUGUGUGUGAAAUAACCUAAAGAAAAGACUGAGGUUGACAAGAAUCACUUCUUCGUUAAAGAUAAAGUAACCACCCUCUUUCAAAAGGAAAAAUUUUGAAAAAUGUUUAUUUUUGACAUUUCUGACAAAACAUUAUUUACAUGAUCCAAUGUUGCAUUUCCUAUUUUUAAAAACUCUGAAUAAGACC